GUUUACAUUGUUUUCCAUAGCAGAUUGUGUCUAUUCAGUGGGAGCGCAGCGGGACUUCUCCAUUUCCAUAAAUAAUAAUCUACUUCCAUCUGAAAUAGACACAAUUUGAGACAUUAAAUGUCUCAGUAGAUUUUGGCUCCAACUUUCAGAAUUGGGCGUAUCUAUUCUAUAACUGGUCUAAGAUACAAACAAAACAUAACCUUAAACCGAAAACAUUUUUGGUUGUGGUUUUAUUAUUUAUUUUCAGUUCGUGUUUAAUAUCGUAAUUUAUUUGAAUUUGACAAGAUUUUCCUUGUUCUAUGAACCUAUUAGUCAAGAUUUCCAAAAUGUUUAUUUAAUUAAAUAUAGAAAGAGUUUUGAUUCGUAUGUGUAAAAUAAAGUAAAAAAAAAAACAACUACAGUAUGAAGAAAGCAGCUCGAGUAACUCUUCUUGAUGCAUCUGAUUUGGAUGAUGAAACACACAGGGUGCUGAAAGAUCAGCUUUCCAAAGCUACCAAAUUUUUACCUAUAAAUGUACUUGUAAAGUGGGAUGCAGAAAUUGAUGCAUUACUUCGACUCGCAAUUUGGAGAUUAUCUGUCUGUAACCACAAAGCAACUUUUGGUCAGCAGCUAUUGAACAUCAGCUACGGCAGUAAUCUUUCAAAAACUAAAGCUAGAUUGCUGGUCAUUUCAACUGUGUUUUGCAGUUAUUUCAAAACCAAAAUUUCAAACAUGACCAUAAGAUCAUCCCCACAUAUAUGUUCCGAAGAUGAGACAGCUCGUUUAUACCAUCUCUUAGAGCAUUUGAAGAAAGGAUUGACAGUCAUGGAAACAGUGAUUUGUAUGGCGAGCUUCCUGAAUCUGAUUGUUUUCCUGAGAGAAGGAAGAUAUCCAACUCUAAUCGACCGAAUAUUGGGACUAGAGCCUGCGGUUGGCUCCAGCCAGAGUCGCUCCAUUGGAUAUCGAUACAUGACUCGAGAACUGCUCUGGCAUGGCUUUAUGGAGCUGAUAACAUUUACUCUACCCCUUGUCAAUUUCCGAUACUUCAAGAGGAAACUGAUCAGUCUCAUAUAUACAGAUAAAAACUCAAUGAAGAGCUGUAGAUUCGAUGGCUCCAGAUUUGAACUGACUCUGAAAACGAGAUGUGCAAUAUGUCAGCAAGUACCAAUACGUCCUCAUCAUAUAUCUUGUCGGCACGUCUUCUGCUACUAUUGCAUACAGUCGAACUUCUGUGCAGAUCAAAAUUUUGAAUGUCCUGAGUGCGGUCAAUUGGUAAAUGGUGAAAUUCAAUCUUGUUGUUGAAUAAAAGAAUGUUUGAUAUUUUACUAGGUUAAGGGUUUAUUGAUUUAAUAAAUAAUAUACGUUAAUCUUG